AUGUGCACCAUAUACAGGACUCUAGAGAAUAUCCCUGCUGUUUCCUGGAAGAUUGCAGCUGUAUUGCUUUUUGGAGGUUGGAUGCUGCUAGCAUUUGGAACAGUUCUUACCUUGUCUUGGAUUUUUAUAUCCUAGGGACUUUGCCAGAGGAGGGUUAUCUGCAAAACAUCUGCAAACAGCUGCAGAAUUGGUGGUUCCUCCUCCACGUACAAUGCUGGGAAAUAUAAGCUUGGCUGGGACUACAUGGUGGCUAUCCUGGAUGUCGUACUACCAUGUUAACUGCCAGUCAUCCGCAGAUACAAUUUAGUCCAAGAUCUUUUUCUCUACUGCUACAGAAAGUAUAAUUCUAGUCAGAGAAGAUGA